UUGGGUCAAGAGAAUUAUUGAGUAAAAAAAUGAAUAUGAAGCAAAACGAUCUUCGAAAAAAUCGUCGUCGCGAGGAUUCGCGAGAUCAAGUUCUCUAGUGCUGCAGCGAAAAUGGACCCUGACCUAGAAUAAUUGUGGGCCAAAGAAAGAAGGAAGGAAGGACGGAGUUCCGCGACGCGUCGCGACGCCGAGUCAGUGAAGUAAAAGGUAAAAGCGCAGCCGUGACAUUGCCGGCGCAAGCGCUUCGGCAGUGCGUUUCUGUAGGCAACUCGCUGCGCACCGUCGACGGGUCGAUGCCGUUUUCAUCCUCAUGGUGUCCGAGCUUUGUCGCAUCACCGUUAUCGUUUCACCCGGUACAGUUUCUCGACUUUUCGGAAGCCUCGAGAUACGCACAAAAAAUAUAGCAAAAGUUCCACGACGGCACGUCAUUAUACUAAUCGGAUGUUCACGUGACUGAUAGCGGCUUAUCGUUAUAAAAACGUGUGCUGACCGCGGCAGUUAAAGCCUUACGAUCACGAGCAACGGUUCGAAGUCUGGAUAGAGUCAAACGUAACUGAAAGCCCGUAACGAGUCCAAAAAUGGCGUUGACCUGCUGGGAGAAAAUCACGAUUGUUGUGGUAGCAGCGGUGGGAUUGAGGAUCCUGAUAAGGGCGAGUGGUCUCGCCUGGAAAAAGCUCAUCGCCCCGCAACUUGGCCUUGGACUUGACGUCGCGUCCCAAGGUCGUUGGGCCGUCGUGACGGGUGCGACGGACGGACUGGGAAAAGCCUUCGCCGAGGCGCUGGCUGCCAAGGGCUUGGACAUACUUUUGGUCUCCAGGUCACUGCCCAAGCUGGAGCAGGUCGCCGCCGACAUAAAACAGCGAUUUGGAAUCGAGACUCGAGUCCUCGAGGCCGAUCUGACGCAGGGGCAGCCCGUAUAUUCGAAAAUCGCAACCUGCGUCGAGGAGCUCGAGGUUGGCGUCUUAGUGAACAACGCAGGUACGAGCUACGAGCAUCCGGAAGUGUUCACGAAUGUCUCAGAAGAGACAAUCGCUCGUAUACUGCAGCUCAAUGUUGCCGGAGUGACGGGGGUGGCUCGAGCGAUACUUCCAGGGAUGAUGGAGCGCCGGAAGGGGGUGAUAAUAAACAUCAGUUCAAUGUCAGCGGCCAUUCCAAAUCCCUAUUUGUCCGUCUAUUCGGCGAGCAAAUCUUACGUUGACAAGUUGAGUGCCGAUCUCGCGGUCGAAGCUGCGCCACGUGGUGUCACGGUGCAAUGCGUUCUUCCGGGUCCGGUUGCCACCAAAAUGUCGAAAAUCAGGAGGUCGACUUGGAUGGCACCAUCGCCGGAAAAGUUCGUCGAGUCGUCCUUGAAGACGGUGGGCAUCGAGUCUCGAACGACGGGCUAUUUUCCGCACUCUUUGCUGGUCGGGACAACCAACGCGAUUCGUUGCGUGUGCGAAAAAGCGGCCAUUUGGCUGAUCGCGAGGACGAUGUUGAACAUUAGGAACCGCGCUCUGAGGAAAAAGGACAAGGACGAGCCGAAGACCGUCGAGUCGAUUCCAAACCGCGCUCAAGCCACGACUGAUUAAUCAAGGAAGGGGGGAGGAAGGAAAAGUCUUAAGGAUUCUUCCUCUCCUCACUGCAAAGAAAUCCUGACUUUUUAUAAUAGCUUAUUUUGUUUCUGUUUCAUACUCUCUCACGCCAAUUGUUGGCUAGAAUAAAUUGUUAUCGUUGAUC